AUGACCAUCGCACAACAUCAACACCUUCCACCACUCACCAACGGCGAGCAAGACAUAGAGUACGUGGAGAACUUCGCAUACCUCAGAAGCAACAUCUCAAAUACUGGAGACGUGGAGAAAGACGUUCAGACCAGAACUGGCAAAGCUGCAGGCGUCUUCCAACGACUCUGGAACAUCUGGUCGUCGAAAUCUGCCUCUAUAUAUCAGUGA